AUGGAUUUUUUCUUCCCUGCUCAGCUGGCAAUGUCCAUGAAUCAUGACAAACGACUAGGUGACGUGCACGACCUACGAAUAUCCACUGGCUUAAGGAGCGCCCGGAGACAAAAAUGUCUGACGUGGUGGAUAGGGUUUCCGGUGGGAGGACAGAAAAUCUUUUUCACCGGUCACCUUUACGACAAAUAUCCUGACAGACGGCAGUUUAUGUUCAGGGUCAAGGGCAUCUAUGAUUUAUGGAGCUGGCUGCUCAAAACAUAUCCCAAACCUAUAUAG